UCUGUUCCCGAGCGGCGGUGGCGGAGCGGCCCGGCUGUGACUGCCGCAGGUUAAUAGCCGCGCUGGUCCCAGGGCUGCUGCGGAGCCCGAGCCCGACUCCGAAGUUGUGCAACUGUGGACUUGGAGAGACAUUUGAACCCUCUUUUCUCUGUGCUCAGCUUUUGCCCCGCUGGGGUGUGGGAAGCGAAGAAACGUAAAGGAAGACAAGCAUUUGGGUUGUUUUUUUUUCCCCGACCCGUCCCCAUGGCUGUGUAGCAGAAGAAAGGGAAGAGACUUUUUGUUUUUGUUGGCUGGACUGGGGUCUCCACCCUCCUUCCGCCCGCUUUGCACUCCGCGCUGGUCUUCGCCUCGGGUGGCGAGGAAUCCUUUGCCCCUGCUCCAUGGCUGGAUUGUGGAAACUGCACCCGGCUGCAGGUUGUUGAGAAGCGGAUGGGAUCUGCUCAGGGACGGCGGCAGCGAAAGAAAUGUUUCAUUCAAUGAAUCAGAGGGAGAGAACAUGGAUCUUUAGCAAUUAAAGAACAAAUUAAGAUUACAGAUUUGGGACAUUGAUGUUUCCGUUUUUGAGGACAUUUUCUUUCUUGUUUUGAAUCUUUUUAUUGUUUUAAUCAUCUUUCUUGGAACACAGAAGAGAAACCAGAAAUACACUUACUUUGUUUCACUUCUGGAACACUCAUCCCUAAGAAACUCUGAAAACAACUGCACAGCCAUGUGGCCAUUACAGCUCCUAACCUUCAUGUUGCUCUUAGCACCAGUAGUUCAUGGUGGCAAACACAGCGAGCGACAUCCAGCCCUUGCUGCUCCACUGCGACACGCUGAGCGCAGCCCAGGAGCCGCUCUGCCACCCGGACACCUCCUUCAGCAGCCAGCUGCAGAGCGUGUCACCGCUCACCGUGGACAAGGGCCCCGAGGAGCUGCCAGAGGAGUUCGAGGUCCAGGUGCCCAAGGAGCACAGAUUGCAGCCCAAGCUUUCAGCCGCGCCCCAAUCCCCAUGGCUGUGGUACGCAGGGAGCUCUCCUGCGAGAGCUACCCCAUUGAGCUCCGCUGUCCAGGGACCGAUGUCAUCAUGAUCGAAAGUGCCAACUACGGGAGGACCGACGACAAGAUCUGUGACUCUGACCCUGCUCAGAUGGAGAAUAUCCGAUGUUACCUGCCCGAUGCCUAUAAGAUUAUGUCUCAAAGAUGCAAUAACAGAACCCAGUGUGCAGUGGUGGCGGGUCCUGAUGUUUUUCCAGACCCAUGUCCAGGAACCUAUAAAUACCUUGAAGUGCAGUAUGAAUGUGUUCCAUACAAAGUGGAACAAAAAGUUUUUCUUUGUCCCGGACUACUGAAAGGAGUAUACCAGAGUGAACAUUUGUUUGAGUCUGACCACCAGUCUGGGGCAUGGUGCAAAGACCCUCUUCAGGCCUCUGACAAGAUUUACUAUAUGCCCUGGACUCCUUACCGAACCGAUACCCUGACUGAGUACUCAUCCAAAGAUGACUUCAUUGCCGGAAGGCCAACGACUACCUACAAGCUCCCUCAUAGGGUGGAUGGCACAGGAUUUGUAGUGUAUGAUGGAGCUUUGUUCUUCAAUAAAGAGCGCACCAGGAACAUAGUUAAGUUUGACUUGCGGACUAGGAUCAAGAGUGGAGAAGCAAUCAUAGCGAAUGCCAAUUACCAUGAUACUUCCCCUUACCGAUGGGGAGGCAAAUCAGACAUAGACCUAGCAGUGGAUGAAAAUGGGCUGUGGGUAAUCUAUGCAACAGAACAAAACAAUGGGAAAAUUGUCAUUAGUCAAUUGAACCCUUACACACUACGGAUUGAAGGGACAUGGGAUACAGCAUAUGAUAAAAGGUCAGCUUCCAAUGCAUUUAUGAUCUGUGGGAUUCUGUAUGUGGUCAAAUCUGUGUACGAGGAUGAUGACAAUGAGGCCACUGGGAAUAAGAUUGACUACAUUUACAACACUGACCAAAGCAAGGAUAGUUUGGUGGAUGUACCUUUCCCCAAUUCAUACCAGUACAUAGCAGCUGUGGAUUACAAUCCCAGGGACAACUUACUUUAUGUAUGGAAUAACUAUCAUGUCGUGAAAUAUUCUUUGGAUUUUGGACCCCUGGAUAGUAGAUCAGGACAGGCCCAUCAUGGACAAGUUUCAUACAUUUCCCCACCAAUUCACCUUGACUCUGAGCUAGAAAGACCCCCUGUGAGAGGAGUUUCUACCACAGGUCCUUUUGGCAUGGGAAGCACAACCACCAGUACCACCCUCAGGACCACAACGUGGAGCUCUGGAAGGAGCACCACCCCUUCGGUGUCUGGAAGAAGAAACCGGAGUACCAGCAUCCCGUCUCCAGCUGUUGAGGUACUGGGUGACAUCACCACACACCUCUCAUCUGCAGUGUCCCAGAUCCCUGCUCUUGAAGAGAGCUGUGAGGCUGUGGAAGCCCGAGAAAUCAUGUGGUUCAAGACCCGUCAAGGACAAGUUGCAAAACAGCCAUGCCCUGCAGGAACUAUAGGUGUAUCCACUUACCUAUGCCUUGCUCCUGAUGGAAUUUGGGAUCCCCAAGGACCAGAUCUCAGCAACUGUUCUUCUCCAUGGGUCAACCAUAUCACACAGAAGUUAAAAUCUGGAGAGACAGCUGCCAACAUUGCUAGAGAGCUGGCCGAACAGACCCGCAGUCACCUGAAUGCUGGGGACAUCACCUACUCUGUCAGAGCCAUGGAUCAGCUCGUGGGGCUCCUGGACGUGCAGCUCAGGAACCUGACCCCAGGGGGCAAAGACAGUGCAGCACGGAGUCUGAACAAGCUUCAGAAAAGAGAGCGCUCUUGCAGAGCCUAUGUCCAGGCAAUGAUUGAGACAGUUAACAACCUCCUUCAGCCACAAGCUUUGAAUGCGUGGAGAGACCUGACUACAAGCGAUCAACUCCGAGCAGCCACCAUGUUACUUGACACUGUGGAGGAGAGUGCUUUUGUGCUGGCUGAUAACCUUUUGAAGACUGACAUUGUCAGGGAGAACACAGACAAUAUUCAAUUAGAAGUUGCGAGGCUAAGCACAGAUGGAAACUUAGAAGACCUAAAAUUUCCAGAAAACAUAGCCCAUGGAAGCACAAUACAGCUUUCUGCAAAUACUUUAAAGCAAAAUGGCCGCAAUGGUGAGAUCAGAGUGGCCUUUGUUCUAUAUAACAACUUGGGCCCUUAUCUGUCCACGGAGAAUGCCAGUAUGAAGUUGGGAACAGAAGCUAUGUCCACAAAUCAUUCUGUUAUUGUCAAUUCACCUGUGAUAACGGCAUCAAUAAACAAAGAAUUCAGUAAUAAGGUUUACUUGGCUGAUCCUGUGGUCUUUACUGUUAAACAUAUCAAGCAGUCAGAGGAAAAUUUCAACCCUAACUGUUCAUUCUGGAGCUAUUCCAAGCGCACCAUGACAGGCUAUUGGUCAACACAAGGCUGCCGGCUCCUGACAACAAACAAGACUCACACCACUUGCUCCUGUAACCAUCUGACCAAUUUUGCAGUCCUGAUGGCACAUGUGGAAGUUAAGCACAGUGAUGCAGUCCACGACCUUCUUCUGGAUGUGAUCACAUGGGUUGGAAUUUUGCUGUCGCUUGUUUGUCUCCUGAUUUGCAUCUUCACAUUUUGCUUUUUCCGUGGGCUCCAGAGUGACCGCAACACCAUCCACAAGAACCUCUGCAUCAGCCUCUUUGUAGCAGAGCUGCUCUUCCUGAUUGGAAUAAACAGAACUGACCAACCUAUUGCCUGUGCUGUGUUUGCUGCACUCCUACAUUUCUUCUUCUUGGCUGCCUUCACAUGGAUGUUCCUGGAGGGUGUGCAGCUGUACAUCAUGCUGGUGGAGGUCUUUGAGAGCGAGCACUCGCGGCGGAAGUACUUCUAUCUGGUGGGCUACGGGAUGCCUGCGCUCAUUGUGGCUGUGUCAGCUGCCGUGGACUACAGGAGUUAUGGGACCGACAAAGUAUGUUGGCUCCGACUUGACACCUACUUCAUUUGGAGUUUUAUAGGACCAGCGACCUUGAUAAUUAUGCUUAAUGUAAUCUUCCUGGGAAUUGCUUUAUAUAAAAUGUUUCAUCAUACUGCCAUACUGAAACCUGAAUCAGGCUGUCUUGAUAAUAUCAACUAUGAGGAUAACAGACCCUUCAUCAAGUCAUGGGUCAUAGGUGCAAUAGCUCUUCUCUGCUUGUUAGGAUUGACCUGGGCCUUUGGACUUAUGUAUAUUAAUGAAAGCACAGUCAUCAUGGCAUAUCUCUUCACCAUUUUCAAUUCUCUACAGGGAAUGUUUAUAUUCAUUUUUCAUUGUGUCCUACAGAAGAAGGUACGGAAGGAGUAUGGGAAAUGCCUGCGUACGCAUUGCUGUAGUGGCAAAAGUACAGAGAGUUCCAUUGGCUCAGGGAAAACAUCUGGUUCUCGAACUCCUGGACGCUAUUCUACAGGCUCCCAGAGCCGAAUUCGUAGAAUGUGGAAUGACACAGUCAGAAAACAGUCAGAGUCAUCCUUCAUUACUGGAGAUAUAAACAGUUCAGCAUCACUCAACAGAGGAGCCAUGGCUAAUCAUCUUAUAAGCAAUGCUCUGCUUCGUCCGCAUGGUACUAACAAUCCCUAUAAUACAUUGCUUGGGGAACCGGUGGUCUGUAACAACCCUUCUGUCAGCAUGUACAACGCACAAGAGCCCUACAGAGAGACAAAGGGGCUUCUGAACAAUGCCAGGGAUACAAGUGUCAUGGAUACUCUACCACUGAAUGGUAACCAUGGCAAUAGUUACAGCAUUGCCGGUGGCGAAUACCUGAGCAACUGUGUGCAAAUCAUAGACCGAGGCUAUAACCAUAACGAAACCGCCCUAGAGAAAAAGAUUCUGAAGGAACUCACUUCCAACUAUAUCCCUUCUUACCUGAACAACCACGAGCGCUCCAGCGAACAGAACCGGAAUCUGAUGAACAAGCUGGUCAAUAACCUGGGCGGAGGGGGCGAAGAGGACAGCAUCGUCCUGGACGACGCCACAUCCUUCACCCACGAGGAGAGCCUGGGCCUGGAGCUUAUCCAUGAGGAGUCGGACGCGCCCCUGCUGCCACCCAGGGUGUACUCCACCGAGAACCACCAGCCGCACCACUACUCCCGGAGGCGGAUCCCCCAGGACCACAGCGAGAGCUUUUUUCCCCUCCUGACCAACGAGCACACGGAAGAGCUGCCCUCGCCCCCCAGGGACCCGCUCUGCACCAGCCUGCCGGCCCUGGCCGGGGCGCCCGCCGCCGACAGCGCCGCCGCCUGCACCCCGCCCGAGCCGGCCGCUGCCCGGGGCGACGCAGAGGACAUGUACUACAAGAGCAUGCCCAACCUGGGCUCGCGCGCCCACGGCCAGCAGCUGCACACCUACUACCAGCUGGGGCGCGGCAGCAGCGAUGGCUUCAUCGUGCCGCCCGGCAAGGACGGGGGCUCUCCCGAGGGGAGCUCGAGGGGACCCGCGCACCUGGUCACGAGUCUAUAGAGGCCGCGCGAACAGCGGGACGAGCCUGCAACACCUACCUGCGGACUGUGCAGAGUUGAUAUAAGCGGUGGUAAUCGUGUGUACUCCUAAAUCUUUAUGCUGAUGUUCUUGAAAGACAAAAACUCUCAGACUUAAUAAUUAUUAUUAUUAUUAUUUUCUUUUCUUUUUUUUUCUUUUUUUUUUUUUGCUGGGAUUUUUAGGUCAGCCCAGGGGAGAAAGAUAACUGCUGGCUUCCCCAGUGCCCUAUCCUCUCUUGUCCUUUACCGCUCAGAUGGAAACUUCAUUAUGUUAAUGAACGAGAUUGGAAGACCAUGGCUCUCAUUGCGGCCUUGUUGAGUUCUGUUGUGUUUGUUUUGACAUCUCUGAUGCUCUGUUGCUAGAAUUGCAGGACCUGAUUUUUGAAAGGCCAGAACAGUUGGAGAUGAGUCACAGUGCUGCACAAGCACACAUAAAGCAAAGCAAAACUGUACCCCGUAGUGGUUUAUGGUCACUCACAACCUGAAUUCACCACAGCAGGAGUCACUGUGGAAAACAAAAGAAAACAACAAAAUUAAUAACAAAAUGGAGGGGAAUUCUAGAAUUAUAUGCUAAAUGCAUACUUUAUGAUUUGCUGUAUUAACUGAUGAUAAAACUAAUGGCAGAAAAAAUUGAACAGUUUCUAUGUAAUGUACAGAUACUAGCAUUGCACAUAUAGUCUGCUUUCUGUUCUCCAGAAUUUGAGUCCUGUUAAUGUAGUGGGGAAAAAAAAGAUUUUUUUUUCUUUCGUGCUAGUCUUGCAAGUUUGUCUACCAGUAAAAGAGCAAAGGUUCCUUCCUUCCUUUCCUUUCUUCAUUUGCUUUUUUUCUUUCUUUCUUUCUUUCCUUCUUUCUUUCUUUCUUUCUUUCU